AUGCCAAUUAGUAAAAAACCAAUAGUCACGUCGGCCAUCAAUCAAAAUGCAACCCAACUAGUAUCAUCUAAUAAUAAUAAUAAUAUUAGUAGUAGUGGUGUUAACCAGCAAGAUACCGUUCUAAAAGUGGGUCCUAACUUUCGAGUUGGGAAAAAAAUAGGCAGUGGUAACUUUGGCGAAUUGAGGUUAGGGAAAAAUCUGUACACCAAUGAACAUGUUGCCAUUAAAAUGGAGCCAGUCAAGUCAAAAGUUCCACAACUUCAUCUGGAGUUUAGAUUUUAUAAACAGCUAGGAUGCAGAGAGGGUUUUCCCAUGGUAUACUAUUUUGGUCCUUGUUCUAAAUAUAAUGCGUUAGUCAUGGAGCUGUUGGGUCCAUCGCUGGAAGAUUUGUUUGACCUCUGUGAUCGAAAGUUCACGCCCAAAUGCGUUGCCAAGAUCGCCCUUCAAUUGCUAAAACGCAUGGAGUACAUUCACUUACGUCGCCUAAUCUAUCGAGACGUAAAACCGGAAAACUUCCUAAUCGGCAGACAGUCGACUCGUCGGCAGGACAUCAUUCACGUGAUCGAUUUUGGCCUGGCUAAGGAGUAUGUGGAUUUGGUGACGGGGAAGCAUAUCCCCUACCGGGAGCAUAAGAGUUUGACUGGCACUGCUAGGUACAUGAGUAUAAAUACUCAUAUGGGUAGAGAACAAAGUCGUAGAGAUGAUUUAGAAGCUCUUGGUCAUAUGUUCAUGUAUUUCUUAAAAGGAAGUUUACCCUGGCAAGGAUUGAAGGCCGACACGUUAAAGGAGAGGUAUCAGAAGAUUGGGGACACAAAACGAGACACGACUAUUGAAGCACUGUGUCAGGGCCAGCCUACUGAGUUUUCGACCUACCUACGUUACGUUCGUAAUUUGGACUUUUUCGAAGAGCCCGACUACGAAUAUCUGCAGAGUCUUUUCAUCAAUCUCAUGCUGAGGAAUGGCUGGAGGACUAGCGAGGAUUUCGAUUGGGUGGCAAGACAGGUAAGUUGA